AUGAGGAUUAUGCAACUUGGAGCAAGCAUCUGGUGCUUUUUUAUGGUUGAGGACAACGAUGACGAGGAAAUUUCGCAUGCAGACCUGCGACAAAUUUCCCAUGACUACAAUUAUUUUUAUUUGGAUGCGAUAACAGCCCGCUGCAUAAGCUCCACAGUCUAUCGUGAAGGAUGGCCAGGAGUAAUAGUCAAUUUCCUGAAACCUAGUGAAGAACCGAUGACCAUCGAAGAAGACAUUGAAGUCAUCACGCUUGAUAAUAAUGAUGAUGAGGAUACCGAAAAUGAUACAAUAACUACUGAUGGCGAGGAUGAGGACGAGGAUGGCAAUGACGAUGUUGAUCUUUUCCGGUAUCACCUCCACCGCCAUAUUUACCGCCACCAUCAUACUCAUCAUUAUCAUCGAUGUAUACAAUGCCUCAAACAUUGUAUAUACCAUCAACAUCAUCGUAUUUAUCAACAUCAUCAGGCCCAUCAUAUGUGUCGCAGCCAUUACCAUCAGUACCACCAUCAUAUUCACCACUACUAUCAUCAUCGUCAUCACAACAGUCAUCAUCAUCAUAUUUGCCAUCACCAGCAAUACCGUCAUAUUUACCGCUAUCAUCAUCAUCUCAACAGUCAGCAUCAUAUUUGUCGCAACCAUUGUUACCAGCAUCAUAUGGUCCACCACAAUCACUGA